CAUGACGUCACGACGUCGCGGUCAGGACGUAGAAGCGAAAGAAGACAGAAGCCUGCCGGGUAGCUGAGCGUUUUCGCAGUCGUAGCGCUACCGUCUUGGGUCGCUGCUGACGAGUCCUGAAAACGGACAGACCUGACAGUGAAAAAGCAGUCUGGCUCCCUGGAUCCACCCUCUCCACCCCAGGGUCCAGAUGGCCGCCAACGUGGGUGACCAGCGUAGCACAGAUUGGUCUUCUCAGUACAGCAUGGUGGCUGGGACUGGCAGAGAGAAUGGCAUGGAGACCCCCAUGCAUGAGAACCCUGAGUGGGAGAAAGCCCGUCAGGCUCUGGCCAGCAUCAGCAAAGCAGGAGCUGCUGGCAGCUCAAAGACCAGCAGCAAUGGGCCUGUGGCCAGUGCACAAUAUGUGUCUCAGGCAGAAGCCUCAGCUCUGCAGCAGCAGCAGUACUACCAGUGGUAUCAGCAGUACAACUACGCCUAUCCCUACAGCUACUACUAUCCCAUGAGCAUGUACCAGAGCUAUGGCUCCCCGUCCCAGUACGGGAUGGCUGGCUCUUAUGGCUCAGCCACCCCCCAGCAGCCUUCAGCACCCCAGCACCAAGGGACUCUGAACCAGCCCCCAGUCCCUGGCAUGGACGAGAGCAUGGCCUACCAGGCCUCACCACAGCAGCUGCCCGCGGCCCAGCCCCCCCAGCCUUCAAACCCCCCCCAUGGGGCCCAUGCUCUGAGCAGUGGCCCUCAGCCUGGAACAGCCCCUGCCACACAGCACAGCCAGACAGGGCCCCCUGCGGGCCAGGCCUAUGGACCACAUGCCUACCCCGAGCCCACCAAGCCCAAGAAGGGCCAGCAGCUGUGGAACCGCAUGAAGCCAGCCCCUGGGACCGGGGGUCUCAAGUUCAAUAUUCAGAAGCGACCCUUUGCUGUCACCAACCAGAGCUUUGGCUCCAGCGCGGAGGGCCAGCACAGCAGCUUUGGUCCCCAGCCCAACCCAGAGAAAGCCCAGAACCACAGCGGGCCUUCGCCCCGGGGAAACCUGUCUGGGAAACCUGACGAUUGGCCGCAGGACAUGAAGGAGUACGUGGAGCGCUGCUUCACAGCCUGUGAGUCAGAGGAGGAUAAGGACCGGACAGAGAAGCUGCUCAAGGAGGUGCUGCCGGCUCGGGCGCGGGGGGGNNNAGCCUACACCAUCGACUGGAGCCGCGAGCCUCUACCGGGGCUGACCAGGGAGCCUGUGGCUGAGAGCCCCAAGAAGAAGCGGUGGGAGGCCCCUAGCAGCCUUCACCCUCCCAGGGGGGCAGGCUCAGUGACCAGGGGCGGGGGUGCCCAGUCCCAGCGAGGGACGCCAGGGGCUGGGGGUGCUGGCCGAGCCCGGGGCAGCAGCUUCGCCAAGUUCGGCAACCGCAAUGUCUUCAUGAAGGACAACAGCUCUUCUUCCAGCACAGACUCCCGCUCCCGCUCCUCCUCCAGAUCCCCCACGCGCCACUUCCGGAGAAGCGACUCCCACUCGGACUCUGAUAGCUCCUACUCAGGGAACGAGUGUCACCCUGUGGCCCGCAGGAACCCGCCCCCCAAGGGCCGGGGUGGGCAGCUGGCUGGGCCAGAGGGGGGCCAGAGAUGUCUCCGUCCUUACGCUCUUCUGCCUCGUAGGCACGAUCUGGCUCCCACCAAGCGCAGCCGCAAGAAGAUGGCAGCUCUGGAGUGUGAGGACCCGGAGCGUGAGCUGAAGAAGCAGAAGCGUGCGGCGCGCUUCCAGCACGGGCACUCCCGCCGCCUGCGCCUCGAGCCCCUGGUGCUGCAGAUGAGCAAUUUGGACAGUGGCGGGACUGACCCUGACUGGCAGGAGCUGCAGAUCGUGGGCACCUGCCCAGACAUCACCAAGCAUUACCUGCGUCUCACCUGCGCCCCCGACCCUUCCACUGUGCGCCCCGUGGCAGUUCUGAGGAAGUCUCUGUGCAUGGUCAAGUCUCACUGGAAGGAGAAGCAGGACUACGCCUUUGCCUGUGAGCAGAUGAAGUCCAUCCGGCAGGACCUGACGGUGCAAGGUGUGCGCACGGAAUUCACCGUGGAGGUGUAUGAGACCCACGCCCGUAUUGCCUUGGAGAAGGGCGACCACGAAGAGUUCAACCAGUGCCAGACGCAGCUCAAGUCUCUGUACUCGGAGAACUUGCCGGGCAACGUGGGCGAGUUUACUGCCUAUCGGAUCCUUUACUACAUGUUCACCAAGAACUCAGGAGACAUCACCACGGAGCUGGCGUACCUCACGCGGGAGCUGAAGGCAGACCCUUGUGUGGCCCAUGCACUGGCACUGCGGGCAGCCUGGGCCCUGGGCAACUACCACCGCUUCUUCCGGCUCUACUGCCAUGCGCCCUGCAUGUCUGGCUACCUCGUGGACAAGUUUGCAGACCGGGAGCGCAAGGCUGCCCUCAAGGCAAUGAUCAAAACGUAUGUGGCACUUCGCCGUGGCCCUGCCACGCCUCUCACCCUCCCUGUGCUCCAGGCGGUCUUGGGCCUUCUGCGCUCAUGCUCGAGUCUUCUCCACACUUACCCUCGUCCUUGCUCUCCUCACUUGAGCGCCCCUUCUCCGACUGUCCUCCCACCUUACUCCUGUUCCCCUCCUCUCUUCCUCCUGUUCAUGUCAGCCUGGAUCUGGCUGGGCCUGGCUCUCAGUGCCCCCUGCAGGCCUCCGCCUGCCUGGUGCAGCUCCUCAGUGCUGCUAUGCUAGAGACAAACUAGGAAGGACCGACCCUGCCCUUGCUGCCUCCGCUCUUAAGACAAGGCCAGGUUCCCAUUCAUCUUUGGGAGUGGCAUUGCCACCAGUGCUGAGGGACUGUGUGACGGGUGGCCAUGCCCUCGUUGACUGAGCGUGUCCUUUACCCACCCAGCCCCGACUGGUAGAGCCUAGUUCUCUGUGGGGUGGAGAUGCCAGGCUGAGGGGACGCUGAGGAACCCAGCACUGGGACAGCCCAAGCAGUCUUCCGGCCUCAGACUUAGUGUAGUGUUGCCCAAGCUGAGAAGUCCUGGCCGAGGGCACUCCGUGGGUCCCAGGAGCUGCUGUCAGAGGGUGGUAGGGAGGCCCAGGGUGGUUCGUGGCUUAUCAGUUAGCGAGACUAGUUCCUGUCAGUCAGGGAGAGGCCAGGCAGGCACGGUGAGCCCUGGCUGGGAAGGGGAAGAGAUACUUUGCCUGUGACAUGCAGCCCUCAGGCGUAAGUGCCGCGCCCGGGGACCCGGCUGGGCAGCAGUCAUUUCUCCAUCCCUUUAUAUGUGAAGGGCCAUGGGUGGUGACACAGCUGUGAACAUCUGUCACCGACCUCACUUCUCAGCUCCUCGUGAGGUUGGUGUGGUCCAUCAUAGUCGUGACCCCCCCCCCAGGUCCCAGAGCCCCAUGAGUGCAGUUGUGGGAAGCCGCCGUCG